CGGCGCUCGGCCACGGAAACUUUGCUUUCACCGCGGGGGCGCACGGAGGAUGGUCGCCGGGCGCACAUGGAUUCGGUAGAACUUUGCCUGCCGGAGCCGCUCUCCCUGCACUACGAGGAAGAGCUUCUCUGCAGAAUGUCAAGCAAAGAUCGACACAUUGAUUCCAGCUGUUCGUCGUACAUCAAGACGGAACCGUCGAGCCCCGCCUCUCUGACGGACAGCAUCAACCACCACAGCCCCGGUGGCUCCUCCGACGCCAGCGGGAGCUACAGUUCCACCAUGAAUGGACAUCAGAACGGGCUGGACUCGCCUCCCCUCUACCCCUCGGCUGCAGGGCUCGGGGGCAACGGGCCGGUCAGGAAACGGUACGAUGACUGCUCCAGUACCAUUGCUGAAGACUCACAGACCAAGUGUGAAUAUAUGCUGAACUCGAUGCCCAAAAGACUGUGUUUGGUGUGCGGUGACAUUGCAUCAGGGUACCACUAUGGAGUGGCCUCCUGCGAGGCCUGCAAGGCUUUCUUCAAGAGGACAAUUCAAGGUAACAUAGAGUACAGCUGCCCAGCAACAAAUGAAUGUGAAAUCACAAAGCGCAGACGCAAGUCCUGCCAAGCCUGCCGCUUCAUGAAAUGUCUAAAAGUUGGCAUGCUGAAAGAAGGCUCUCCGAUUCUUCCGACUAUGAGCAUAAAUCAUCCACCUGUCAGGAGCUCGAGCUGCCUGGAUUAUGCAAUGCCUGCCUUCAUUUGGAGAUGGUGUGAGCAGAAGAUUGCGGCAAAUGGUGUGCGCCUAGACCGAGUACGUGGAGGUCGCCAGAAGUACAAGCGCAGAAUAGAUGCAGAGAACAGCCCAUACCUGAACCCUCAGCUAGUUCAGCCAGCAAAAAAGCCAUAUAACAAGAUUGUCUCCCAUUUGCUGGUGGCUGAACCAGAGAAGAUCUAUGCUAUGCCUGACCCCACUGUUCCAGACAGUGACAUCAAAGCACUUACCACUCUUUGUGACCUGGCAGACAGAGAACUGGUGGUGAUCAUUGGAUGGGCUAAACAUAUUCCAGGAUUUUCCACUUUGUCUCUAGCUGACCAGAUGAGCCUUCUGCAGAGUGCUUGGAUGGAGAUCUUGAUUCUCGGUGUUGUAUACCGGUCACUUUCUUUUGAGGAUGAGCUUGUAUAUGCUGAAGAUUAUAUUAUGGAUGAAGACCAGUCCAAAUUGGCAGGCCUACUUGACCUUAACAAUGCCAUACUACAGCUGGUAAAGAAAUACAAGAGCAUGAAGCUGGAGAAAGAAGAAUUUGUCACCCUCAAAGCUAUAGCACUUGCUAAUUCAGACUCAAUGCACAUAGAGGAUGUUGAGGCAGUGCAGAAACUUCAGGAUGUCUUACAUGAGGCUCUGCAGGAUUACGAGGCCGGGCAGCACAUGGAAGAUCCUCGUCGUGCAGGCAAGAUGUUGAUGACUCUCCCGCUUCUGAGGCAAACCUCCACCAAGGCUGUGCAGCAUUUCUACAACAUCAAACUGGAAGGCAAAGUCCCCAUGCACAAACUUUUUUUGGAAAUGCUGGAGGCCAAGGUCUGACUAAAGCAUCAUGGGCUUCCCCAUCAUGCACGUUUUAAAAAAAAAAAAAAAGAAAAAAAAAGGGAAAAUAAACAGGAUAAUAAUGGCAAAGAAACUUAGUGUUUAAUUAAGGAAAAAAUGACUAAAUGACUGCACUGAUAUUUAGCAGCAAGACUGUGAAGCAGCUUUCAACUUUUUCUUCUGUGUCUUUCUGAUGCAGUUUUUUCUUUUCCUUUUCCUUUUCUCCCUUUUCCUUUCUGUUCUUUCCUUUCCUUUUUUCCUUUUUCUCUUUUUUGUUUUCCUUUGCUGCUGAACUUUUUAAAAGAGGUCUCUAAUUGAAGAGAGAUGGAAGCCAGGCCUGCCAAAGGAUGGAAAUCCAUAAUAUGGAUGCCAGUGAACUUAUUAUGAACCAUAAUGUCCCCAAUGACAAAGGAAUCAAAGAGAGAAGCACCGUACCUAGCAGUACAGUACAACAUGAUGAACUGACUGAAUGCAGUAUUAGAUUUCAUAGGAGCAGUCUCUAAUUAGACGACUAAAGCGACGAUGCAUCGGCUGCUUCUUACCAUUGCAUUUUCCAUCUAGAUCAGUUACAGCCAUUUGAUUCCUUAAUUGUUUUUUCAAGUCUUCCAGAUAUUUCUUAGGUUAGCUACGAUGUAACUUUUUCAGGGAAUAGUUUAAGCUUUAUUCAUUCAUGCAAUACUAAAGAGAAAGAAAUACUGCAUUUUUGUGCUGGCUUGAACAAUGAUGAACAAUAAUGAAGGACAAAUGAAUCCUGAAGGAAGAUUUUUUUAAAUGUUUUGUUUCUUCUUACUAAUGGAGAUUUUUUUGUACCAGCUUUACCAGUUUUCAGCCAUUUAUUAAUGUGGGAAUUUAUCUUACUAAAGCAAUAGUCGAAGGGAAGGUGCAUAUUAUCACGGAUGCAAUUUAUGUUGUGUGCCAGUCUGGUCCAAAACAUCCAGUUUCUUAACAUGAGCUCCAGUUUAUAACUAAAUGUUCACUGACUCAAAGGAUUAGAUUACACCUGCAGUAUAUCCGAGUAGUCUACCAUAUAAAUACUCCAUGUCAAAUACCAAUCUGUAACCGUGUUAGGAGACAGCGACUGCGCAGGGGCGUGGUCGCCGAGUGAUUUCUAACUGCUUCAGUUGCAAAUGAACAAGAUACUACUGCCUGUUUGCAAAAUUGUAACCUCACACGCAGAAAAACCCUAUGAACCAAUAGUAGCUUAGAGGCGAUGAGGCAAAUGCUGCCGUUUGCAAAAUUAAGAAAUCAGAGUAGUAGACUUCUGACCAAAUUGAAGAAUUUAACACUUCUAUACCUUAUUUAUUGAUUUAGAUUUUCGUUUGUAAAUGGCGAUCCUUAACAAGUAGCUAAACCAGUAUAUGUGCUUUUCAACCAGUAUUGUCACAGCAUGAAAGUCAGUCAGUUUCAAGACUGUUACGAGGUGUAAUCUAAUGUAUAAACCAAUUAGAUGCCCCCAGAAAACUACAGUCGCUAAAUAACCAAUAAACAAUAACCUCCAUCAAAUGCUAUACCAAUGUACCAGUGUUAGUAGCUGCUCCCUGUACUAUGUGAACAUCCUUAUUCUAUGUACACAGAUGUAAUUAAAAUUGUAAUCCUAACAAACAAAAGAAAUGUAGUUCAGCUUUUCAAUGUUUCAUGUUUGCUGUGCUUUUCUGAAUUUUUAUGUUGCAUUCAAAGACUGUUGUCUUGUUCUUCUUGUGGUGUUUGGAUUCUUGUGGUGUGUGCUUAUAGACACAGGGUAGAAUUAGAGACAAUAUUGGAUGUACAAUUCCUCAGGAGAUUACAGUAGUAUAUUCUAUUCCUUACCGGUAAUAAAGUUCUUCCUAGUAAUAAUUAAGAGAUCGAAACUCCAACAAAUACUCGUUAUGAACAGAUACACACUGAAAUCAUAAUAUUUUCAAAACAAGGGAUAAUUUCUGUAACAGUUUAUUAUAGAAUACCAAUGUAUAGCUUAGAAAUAAAACUUUGAAUAUUUCAAGAUUAUAGAUAAGUCUAAUUUUUAAAUGCUGUAAAUAUAGCUUUUAUUCAAUCAUCUCUCAGAUGUUGUUAUUAACUCGCUCUGUGUUGUUGCAAAACUUUUUUGGUGCGGACAAGUUUCCAAAACUAUUGCUACGUUGUGUGCUUUAAACAAAAUAACAAUGGGCCGAUGCUCUCUCGGCUCUCAUGCUAGGGAAAAAAAAAAAAAAAAACUGUGUAUCUAUCAUUAGCUAUAUGGGACUAUAUUGUAGAUUGUGUUUUCUCAGUAGAGAAGUGACUGUAGUGUGAUUCUAGGUAAAUCAUCAUUAGCAAUUCAUUCAGAUGGUCAAUAACUUGAAAUUUAUAGCUGUGAUAGGAGUUCAGAAAUUGGCACAUCCCUUUUGAAAAAUGUCAAAAAAAAAAUACAACUCCUGGGAAAAAGGUGCUGAUUCUAUAAGAUUAUUUAUAUAUGUAAGAGUGCAAAAAAAAGUUUAUUUUCCAGAAAGUUUGUGCAGGGUUUAAGUUGCUACUGUUCAAGUACACUAUAUAUAUAUAAAUAUAUAAUAUAAAUAUUGUUUUUGCUGUAUCACAUUAAAGAACUUGGGCUUCAGGGUCAAAAGCCAAUCAACUAGAAGUAUACAAAAAACACACAAAAAAUGGAGAUGUGUUAAAGGCACACGGUGCAAACUUUAGUUUUCAUUUUCCGUAAUUUUUUGGAGCUGCAAAAGAACAAGUAUCUCAAGACUGUAAAACCAUUACCUGAAACAUAGCUAAAAAAACUGCACGGGCUUUAUAAUGUUGUUCAUCUUAAACCUUGCUGGAGAAGAGUUCUUUCAAGACCACUUACUUAAUGUGAAGUGUUGGGAAAAUUUCAAAGGGUGUAUGUUUUAGCCAUAACAAUUUAAUUUCUAUUUUUGCUUCAUUUUUUAAUUUUUUCUUAUUUAAAGCAAUAUGAUUGUGUAACUCCCAGAAGUUACACAUUUGUUUCAAUCAGAUCAGAUUGUUGUAUUUAUUCCACUAUUUUGCAUUUAAAUGAUAACAUAAAAAGAUAUAAAAAAUUAAAACUGCUAUUUUUCUUAUAGAAGAGAAAAUGGGUGUUGGUGAUUGUAUUUUAAUUAUUUAAGCGUCUCUGUUUACCUGCCUAGGAAAACAUUUUAUGGCAGUCUUAUCGUGCAAAGAUCGCAAAAGGACAAAAAAAAUUAAACUGCUUAUAAUAAUCCAGGAGUUGCAUAAUAGCCAGUAGUUAAAAACCGAAACAAAACAACAAAUGAAAACAAACAUGUCUAUAGCUGUAGAUGGGCUUCACAUCUGUAUAGCAAUCAACUGUAUAUUUUUGUGAUGUGUAUCAUACCGUGUGCUCCAACCAAUGUCCAUUUGUGUAAAUGUAUUUAUUUUAUAUUGUAUAUAUUGUUAAAUGCAAAAAGGAGAUAUGAUUCUGUAACUCCAAUCAAUUCAGAUGUGUAACUCAAAUUAUUAUGCCUUUCAGGAUGAUGGUAGAGCAAUAUUAAACAAGCUUCCACUUUUGAUUGCUUUUAUUUUA